AUGGGUGCCCUCCUUGGUUUGGUCCUGUGUCUCUGUUUACCCUGUUUGUUCAGUCAGUCAGUGACACAGAAACCUUUAAAUGUUUCUAAGAACGAGUGUGAGUCCCUCACCAUCACCUGUGUUUUUAAUGCAUAUCAUUGGUAUUACACUUAUCGUUUUGAGAGUGGAACAUUCUUCAAACAAACGCAGACAGCCACAGAAUGGGAGCGGAUCUCCAGCGGCGGGAGGUUUGUUCUGUCGACGGAUAAAGCUCAAAAGACAUUUUCGUUGAAAAUUCGGGAUGCCAGAGUUGAAGACACCGCCACCUAUUACUGUAAAGCUGGAUACUGGAGCAAUGCACACAGUGACAGGCAUAUCGAUGGAUCCGGGACAGUUGUGACUGUCACACCUGAUUCCAGUACCCCGAUAUCUCAGAGACCGCUUGUUCAAACCUCUCCUGCUGGUGACAACGUUACUCUAACUUGUAAGUAUUCAGGAUCCUGUCAGUACACAGUUUACUGGUACAGUCAGUCCCCAGGACAGGCUCCGAAAUAUCUCCUUCAGAGAGACACUACAGGAGAAGCGAAGAAAGAAAAUGCUGCUGGACUACGAAUUUCGGAAUCUUUUGAUCCACAGGCAAAAAUCAGUCGGUUAAUGAUCUCUCGAAUACAACUAAGUGAUUCUGCUGUUUAUUACUGUGCAAGGAGUCGGCAGUCAGCACGCACACUGAUUCAGGGUACAGAGAGAGCCGUACAAAAUCUUGAGCAUAGGGGGAUUACCGACACAGUGAUGCACAGCUGGAAGAGAGCGUUCAAAAACCUGAACAUGUUAGGAUUAUAG